UGGCUGCCCUGGAGGUGCCGCGAGCCCCUCCCAAGAUGGUGGUCGCGCUUCCCUGCUCGCAGGGUGCUUCCGGCCGCGGCCUAGUCUCCUGGCCGCGGCCAUGGCGGAGCUGACGGACGCGGAGCUCCGGAGGGAGCUGAUGGCGCUCGGCUACCGGCCGGGGCCCAUCACCGACACCACCCGCAAGGUCUACGCCAAGAAACUCAACUGCCUGCGGGCCGAAGUGGCGGCGGCGAAGCGCAGGGGCCGCGGCGCCCCGCCGAGCCCGGCCCGCCCCCCCGCCAGGCCGCAGCAGGCCUCGCCGCCGCGGCCGCGCCUCGGCUUCAGCCCCGCCGGGGCCGCCCGCGACAGCGAGGAGGAGGAGGAGGAAGAGGAAGAGGAGGAGGAGGAGGAAGGCGGGCCAGCAGCAGGGGGGCGGCCGCCCGCGGCACGCUGGGGGGCGGCCGGGCAGGGCGGCGGGGCGCUUCGCGACGGGCCGGGCUCCCCGUCCCGCCGGGGCCUGGCCGCGGGGCUCGGCGACGGGUCGAGGGUGCCGAGCACCUCAUCCUGGUGGGACACGUCCGCAGAGCGGAGCGGGGGGCUGAGCGCCGGGUCGAGGCCCUCGCUGGAUGGCUUUGGGGGCUCCAGCCCCUCGUCCCAGUGGGGCACGUCCAUAGAGAGGAGCGGGGGCCUCAGCGCCGGCUCGGCGCUGUCCCUCGACGGGUUUAGGGUGCCGAGCGCCACGUCCCACUGGGACGCGUCCGUGGAGAGGAGCGGGAGCCUCAGCGCUGGGUCGAGGCCCUCGCUGGACAGCUUUGGGGGUUCGAGUUCCUCAUCGCAUUGGGGCCCAUCUGCAGGGAGGAGCGAGAGCCUCAGCACAGGGUCGAGGCCGUCCCUGGACAGCUUUGGGGGGUCGAGCUCCCCGUCCCACUGGGACACCUCUAUAGAGAGGGGUGGGGGGCUCGGCACCAGGCCUGGGUUGGGGAGCUCCUUGGAUGGGGUUGGGGGGCUGAGCUCCACGUCCCAGUGGGGCACGUCCCCAGGUAGGAGCGGGGGGCUCAGCACCAAACCUCACUCCGGCGAAGGGAGUGGGGGGCUGACGUCCAGGAGCCAGUGGGGCACAUCAGGAGGAGGCGUUGGGGGCCUGAGCUCCCGGUCUCAGUGGGAGACGGUGGGGGAAAGGAAGGGGCUAUCUUCUAGCAGCUCAUGGAGACGCGAAAGCGAGUUAAUGCCCAGCACCCACUGGGGCACCACAGCAGCGUCAGCGGGACUCGGGGGGUUCAGCCACCAGACCCGGUUUGGGAGAGGGGAAGGAGACUUGACUGCCAGUGUUCGGAAGGAGCCAGAAAGGGAGCUGAAACCCAGCACCCAGGGAGGGGGGUUACUGCGUAGGUUCCCGUGGAAGACAGCGGGCGACGCAGGGUUAGCCUCAGGGACCCGCUGGGGAGCAGCUGCAGCGGGACAGGGAACAACCUCCCGGACUCAGCUGUGGCGGUCGGCACCGAAGUCGCGGCUGGAAGGAAAGGGCAAGGGCCUUGAAUACUACCUCUCCCAGUUCCUCUGCCUGGCCAGCUUUGUGUUGCUGAUGAUUUUUUUGGGCAUCCUCUUGGUGAAGAUGAUUGGAUCAGGCUGGCUUGACAGGACAGAGGAGAGUUUUAAUCUCUUGCCUGUGGAUUGUGACAAAAGAACAGAUGAGUUCUGUCAAGCUCAACAGAAGGAGAUUAUAAUGAACAUGCUGCAUGAGUUGUAUAACUACUUGUCAAUACAAGCUGGUAAUUUUGAGUGCGGAAAUCCUGAGAAUCUAAAAAGCAAAUGCAUUUGGGUUGGUGAAGCAAGGGAUCAUGUGAUGAAUGUAACUGCUAGUUCUCCACAGAAGUUUGAAGCUGCCCUGGAAUGGAUACUGAAGAGUAGCAGGGAUUUAGGAAUAUGGUUGAAAGGCAGAGACCCUUAUGAACCAGUUACCACAGUGGAGGAGGUGGUCUGUCUCGAAUCAGCCCAUCCUCAGAUGGGGCUCGGCUGCCGUUUCCGUCGGGCAAUGAUCACUGCCAUUAUGAACCUUUUCCUGUUUUUCUGGGGUCUGAUAACUCUUUGGGGGAUUCUGAUCUUCCUUAAGUAUCGCUGGCGGAAGAUGGCAGAAGAAGAACAAGCCAUGUAUGAAAUGGUGAAGAAGAUCAUAGCUGUUGUCCAGGACCACUAUAAGGAAUGGGAACGGAAUUUGGAGCGUUACCCCUACGUCGGCAUCCUCCACGUUCGGGACAGCCUCAUCCCUCCUCAAAGCAGAAAAAAAAUGAAGCGGAUCUGGGACAGAGCUGUGGAGUUUCUGGCUUCGAAUGAGUCACGGAUUCAGACCGAGUCGCACAGAGUAGCGGGAGAGGAUAUGCUGGUGUGGAGAUGGACUCAACCUUCUUAUCUCUCAGACUCGGAGCACUAAAGAGGAGCCAAAGCUGAGCUGUUGAUGUGGACCUCUGCAAAAGGACGCUCCCUUUUCUUGUGGUGGGAAAGAGCAGGUCAAGGUCCUCAGAUCCUCAUCUCCUUGGGUUGGGGAUUGCACACAUCUCUUUGCUCUUCUCUCAGAAAAUCUUCACACAAAAAAAUUCAGGGCAAUAAUCUUGUCUUGUAAGGAAGAUGGGCUUGAGCUGGUGGGAAGCUCGAAUCGCACCAAAGUCAGCCUUCCAGCAGAUAUCUGGCUUCCAUAGGCAAGCAAACUUAGAAAAACUUUCUAGAAAGAAAAAAAAAUGCAGACCUAAUAGCGAGGGACUUGGGGUCUCUCUGACAGGGGUUAGCCGUUCAAAAUUUGACCUCAAUUCUGCAAAGUCCAACUGGUGGCAAUGUCCAUCAGGGAAUGUUUUUAAAGAAAGGAUUAACAUUUCCCAUGGAAACAUUUGGGUGGCAGUUAAGAUGCGUUUUGUUAGAAUUUGUUUUUAUCGGUGCAAAGACCUUGCCAAAAGCUCUUAACUGAUUCCUAACAAGGAAAAUGUUUGUGUCUGCUUCACCCGUUAAAAAUGGAGGCAGGAAAAAGUUGGGGGAAUGUGGUCCUAGAGGAAGGGCAGUCUGAUGUGCCUUGAGUCAUUUGGGCUGGGUUGGGUGGUAGGGAGGAGCAGUUGUGACCCUGACUACACUUUGUAAGUCUGCAAUCUCUGUGCUUUAUGUUACGGGGAGGGAGGGGAAUUUGGGUGAAAAGUGAGGGAUAUAGGAAGCUACAGAAAGCUCUUUCUUAUGGCUGCAGCCAAAGGGACUGCUUCAUGAGUUAUUAAAGAGCAGCUUUGGAAAGGCUAUUAGGGUCGACUGUACAUGUUUAUCCUGGGCAGCUGCAAUGUGUGUGCUGUGUCAGAGCAGAGAUAUACCGUGCGUGGAGUGUCGGUACAGGGAUUGUUUGCCAUGUUAAUUUUCCUGCAGCCUCACAACAGGUACAGGGAGCGGUGAUCAAUCCUCUGUUCAUGCUGCAGGCAUCGUAUUUUGUGUCUGUAAUCAUUUGGUUACUUAAGUUUGUUUUUUAUGUCCAGCAAAGGAGUGUUUGUUUCAAAGAAAAUAGCACCAUUGUGUGGCAGCUUAGGCUCGGCAGAGAUAUUGUUAAUCUACUGUUCCCAGUGUCAUAGGACUGCUGUCCAGCUCACCACUAGGACAGCAGGGACCAAAUUCAUUUCUGGUGUAAGCUAGUAAAACCUGCAGCGAGAAGCCAGCAGUUAAUUUGAACCCCUGUAAUCAGUGGAUGUUACUCUCCUUCGCAUCACGGGUGCAAUGUAAAUGUUUGCAUUCAUCUCUGAUGCUGGAUGUAUGGAGAGCUUCCUCUCCAAGUCCAGGGUCGGCCUGGGAGGGUGGCCAGAGCCCUGCUCGCCGGUUGGCAGGUCGGUGACGCUGCGUGCAAGGUGGGUCCCUUGUGCUGGGCCCCUGCUUGCCUCCCAGUUGUGAAGUCUGCGCUUCUGUCCCCACUGCUGGCUUCUGGUGGGGUUUUCCGCCUAUGCACCCGCAGGCUGCCGAGGCGACUGCGGAGACUCCUCGCAUACCUCCUGCUGCCUCAUCAACCAAAACGCCUGGAGAGAGCGGCUUUCUCCAAGAGCAGAACGCUGGGAGGUCUUGUACAUUAAGUGGGAGAUAUCCUGCAUAGAGUUGAUUUUUAUCCCCAUAUGUUCUUUUUGGUUGCAAAAGUAGGGUGUUUGAACAAAAAAGGAAACACAACAGCUGUCUUUGAGACAAUAACCAGCUUCUUCCACUGUUUUUAAAAUAGGGGGUAAAAUGAAGGCAGCUUUGAUUCUUCUAAAGUGUUGUAACAAGAUCUUCAGUGCUGUUGUAGAAAUUUUUGCAAACACCAGUGCCUACAUUUUUAGGCUUUUUAAAAUGCUUGUGGGGUUUGAGUUGGCUUUUUUAACCGUCCAGACCUAGGGUGAAAAGUGAGGCGUUGCAAUCAUUUUGUAUUAAACUUGUUUUUGUAGAAUAAAUCUCACUGGCUUGGUGCUAUUUAUUAUAUGCUCAAUUUAGCUCUGUACAUCAAUAUAUAAAAUAAAUUUAUUACAAAUGA